AUGGCCAUCCUCUUGGUUGCAGUGACAGUCCUAGUUCUAGUCAUUAGCCAUAACACAUUCCAGGGUGUAUCUGCGUUGGUGAGCCCUGGUUCGAUGGCUCCAUCGACGUUGCCAAGCGCAGCCAGGGAAUUCCUGGGAGCACACAAUCAAGCAAGAGCCGCAGUUGGGGUCGGACCACUUAAGUGGGGUGCUCAACUACCCAAUGCCACAGCUCUCCUCGCCAGAUAUCAGAGGAACAAAAUGGGUUGUCAGUUUGCGAACCUGAAAGAUCACAAGUACGGAGCAAACCAGUUAUGGGGGAGUGGAGCAGCAGUGCCGCCACGCACGGCGGUGGACACAUGGUUGAAAGAGAAGACUUACUACGAUUAUGCUAGCAAUUCUUGUGCACCAAAUCAUAGGUGUGGAGUUUAUAAGCAAGUGGCUUGGAAGAACUCUACGGAACUGGGGUGUGCUCAAGCUACAUGCAAGGACCAAAUUAGUUUAACCAUUUGUUUCUAUAAUCCUCCUUGAAAUUAUGUAGAAGAAAGACCA